GUUUUUUAUUUUAUUUAUUUUUUGAUUUUUGAUUUUUGAUUUCUUUCCUCUCAAGAUCAUUUUCUUUUUUCUAGUCAAGCCUUGCCAAGCCUCUUUUCUUCGUUCUCCUCAAAGGACUCGGCUUUUUAUUCACCUCAUCAGCUACUUUUAUUUUUUAUUUUAUUUUUAUUUUUAUUUUUUCCUUUUAUUGAAUUCAUUCAUAAUUACCUUUUAUUCGUGCAGUUCUAAAGUACAUUCACAAUCAACACGGCGUUUCCAUUUAUACAUUCAUUAUUCAUCCAUCGAUUCAUCCUCUCCUUCAUUCAUCCCCGAAUAAACGGCUUUGCUUUUCUACUCUGUGCCAAUGACUGCUCAGGAAGGCCUUCAGAUUGAAAUCUCGGGCAUUCCUGCCGAGAACGGCAAGUGCAGAGUGGAAACGCAGCUCAAGAUUACACUCCGGUUAAAGGAUGCCCAUGGAGAGAUUGUCAAGGACUGGAAACAACUUCGAUUACCUCGACCCUUGAUCGCUAAAGAAAAACAUCGCAUGGAAAAGUUCAAUGGUCGGAGCAAGCAUGUUCAAGAUUCAGAAAUCUUGACUUUAGAUGCCAAAUUAGUGUGUGACCAUGACAGGACAAAAAUCUUGGAAUGCUGUGAUAAUUGCAUUGGAAGAGAGCGCAAGCGGGCCCAUCGCCGGAAAGAGUCGCAAAAGUUACCAGGACCUCUUUCAUCCAUACCCAUUUUCGGUUCCGUCAAUUCCAAGAACAGCGCGGCAUCGCUUGAUAAUGAAGCCAAUCCACCCACGCCUACUGAUCCAAUUGAAUAUCAGCAAUGGGAGCGCAACCGCAUUAUGGUUUUCAGCAGCACAGAAUACGUCGAUAUCUCGUUAGGCGAAUGUCUCUUACCUACACGCAUCACCUGCUACUGCCGACACCAUAAUGAAAAAGUUGGAUUUCGAAUCCAAUUUACUGCUAAGGAUUCGGCUGGUGUAACAUUAGCCACCGUUUUGACCAACCCAGUCAUGAUGAUGGAUGAUCAUAAAUCCGGAAAGAGGAACUCAAUUGCUCAGUCAAAGGGUUUAGGUGUUGCAAGUACAACAAACGGAGUGAAAAAGUCUAAACUAGGAGCAAAGAGUAUAUCAAAACCCCAAGAUGUCUCAAACAAGCAAGAUAGCCUGGACCAGGGACUGCAACAUCAGGACGGAGAGGAAGAUGACGACCAAGAGGAUAUGGAUGAGGAGGAGGAAGAUGCUCUAAAGGGGCCUGAAGAGAUCGACCUCGAGGCCGGUCAUCAUAUACCUGCUCACGACUUCCCAGAGCAGAACUCGAAAUUUGAAGAUUCCGAGAUUCUGUCGGGCGACAUAUUGACUCCACUGGCUUCCACAAUUGGCGGAGCAGGCGCGAAGCGGCGGGUAGAUGAGAAUAUGAUGGAAGAUGUUCAAUUAUCUUCACACUCAGAUGGCUUACGUGGUCCAUUUCGCCGGAAAACAAGUCACGAUGUCACAUCCACGACCGAACCCUCAUCCCUUUUCUCAUCCUCAGGACUCGGUUUUGCAUCAACUACGAUGCUCUCUUCACAAUCGCCAUUUAUGCCAGGUUCACCGUUCGCAAAAGAAGAGCAGGACAAUGUGUUCACACCUUCGUUCUCACAAGCAUUGGGUCAAGACAGUUUUCUGGAUCAGAGAAAUAUUGAUAUGUACUUGCACCGGACCAUCGGCUCUAUCCCUCGUCGUCAAUCGAAAGAUUCGGGUGAGCAUGAUUCAUCGAUGAUGGAAUUCACGACACUUGAUGAGUCCAUGUCAUCUCCACCAGAAUCAUUCCCAACAUCAACAUUGUCCAACGGUAGCACAUCUGCAGGAAAGACAGGACAAUCUCAUGAGCCCACAUCACUCUCUAACACAAGCCAAGCAUCCGUCACACAAGCGUCAACAUCUGUUCCUGUGUCAGAUUAUUCACAAGGACCUAUAACAACACCUGCAGUGUCAAGUACUGGGUCCAACCCUUUUAAUUCUGGGAUGUUCAGUUCUGCAUUUGGCAGUACAUUACAAACAAGUUCAACGCAAAGUCGCACUACAGCCCCUGGAAUGUCAUCAAGUUUCUUGGAUGCUUCGCAGAUGCAAGAAUUCCAAAACUUCAAACGUCAGAGUCUACUUCAACAGAAGCAACAGCAGAUUUUGUUGCAACUUCAGCAAGGCAUUCAACAGCAGAGCCAGCGACAAAUGGAAACGAAGCCGGUCCCCUGGACUAUCCCCAAAGGCAACAAUGCGGACCCUUACUUGAAUAUGCGUAUUGCCAUGUCCCAAACUACCGAUCCAUUGUCAAGCGCAUUCAUCCCUUCCUCGACUUCAUCAUCCGAGGAUAACAAGAAGGACGCAACAACAACAGACGAUGAUGCGAACGGGGCACUAUCCUCAACGACACCCAUUACUGCCACUUCGAUAGAAUCAUCGCUAGCGCCAAAGAAGAGAGGUCGCCCGCGAAAGUCUACAGCUACGCUCCCCACGUCCGAAGCCAACUCACCGGUCCUUUCACCAAAAACCCCAGUAGACACCCCACGAUCACCGUCGCCGGCAUCAGCAGCACCAGCAGCACCAGCAGCGCCACUGUCAGCUUCUGCUGCUGCUGCUGCCGCUGCUGCACAAUAUGCGCUAUUUCAGCAACAGCAGCAACAACAGCUACAGCGUCACCAACAGCAACUUCAGCAGCAACAAAAACAAGCUAUUUUGGCUCGUCAGAGACCACGUGUCCAAAAAGUAAUUCCUUCACGUGGAUCUGUGGAGGGGGAUACCGAAAUUACUCUCCUGGGCAGUGGAUUUUAUCCUGGAAUAGUGCCGACGUUUGAUGGCGUCCCCGCAUUAAACGUACAAUAUUAUGGACCGGAAACAGUGAUCUGUCGCUUGCCACCAAGGAGCUUCCCUGGAACAGUCAUAGUCAAGGCACAAAAUCAACUGAGUGCAUUGACAUCUGUAUCUAAUCCAGGGCUGAUAGUUCCGGGCCUUGGACUUGGAAAGGAUGAUGCAAAUAGUAGUGACCUUGUUAGGACUAUGUCCCAGCUUUUUGGAGGACCAUCGACUGUACAGAGCAGUGGAAUACUGGAUGAUGAUGUGGGUGUGUUGUUUGAGUAUGAGGAAAGUAAAGGCGAUCGCGACUUGAUGGCGCUGGCGUUGCAAGUGCUCAGUUUGAAGAUGAAUGGUCGUGUAGAACCCCCUCACCAGAUUGCAAUGCGAAUCAUGGGAACUGCAGCAGCAUCGAAUAGUCUGAUGGGUCCAAGUUCAGUGGGCCAGAUUGGAGGAGCAUCGCAGUCCCAGUUGCAGUUGCAGUCGCAACAGCCGCUUGCUCAACAACAGCAAUCACUACUAGGGUUCGGAGGACUCCAACCGAAUGCACUUUCUCAGCAACUUCAGCCUCAGGCCCAGGCUCAGCUACAAUCUUCCGGGAUAGGCUCAUUAGCGAUACAAAAUCCAACUUUAACCAAUGGGUCCAUUCUGGGUACGGGCAUGCUGGGUUUUAACAACUUUAUGAAUUCGAUGGGAGGGUCGAAUGGUAGUAGCGGGCUGUAAAUGGUGCCCCUUUCUGUUUGUUAGCUAGCUAUCUGUCGCUUUCUAAUCCGUUUGGCCCAUUCUCUGUUUCCUCCACAUCACCAUUAUUUUCCCGUUCUCAUUAGAUAUACC